CUCGCACGGUCGCACGGAGGGAGUAUCAGUCUACCACGCUAAACAGGAAGCCGGAGCAAGCGUGUACAGUACCGGAAUCCAGCACCAUGGCGGGAUCAGCGUUGCUCAACGCUCUCGUCCUCCGCGCGCCAUCCCCGUCGCUCUCGUCCUCGUCUAAGCGCCGCAGCGCCGGCGCCUUUGUGUCCUCGAACCCACCGCGCUUCCCAUCCCUGCGUUCUGAGCGCCGCGUCGCCCUUCCGCGGGCGGCGGCGGGCGGUGACCCCGAGGACGAGUGGGUGCCGGAGCCUGAGGGUGGGUCCGCUGUCACGGGGACCGCGGUGGCUGAGGCGCCGGAGGCGGGAGAGGUCGCAGAGCUCAAGGCGCAGCUAAAGGAUGCGCUGUACGGCACAGAGCGGGGCCUGCGGGCGUCCAGCGAGUCGCGGGCCAAGGUGUUGGAGCUCAUCACGCAGCUCGAGACGCGCAACCCCACGCCGGCGCCUACCGAAGCGCUGACGCUCCUCAACGGCAAGUGGAUCCUCGCGUACACAUCAUUUUCCCAACUGUUCCCACUGUUGGAGUUUGGAAAGCUGCCAGCGCUGGUGAAGGUGGAGGAAAUAUCACAGACCAUUGAUUCCAAGAACUUCACAGUGCAAAACUGUAUCAAGUUUUCAGGACCUUUGGCUACAACCUCAGUUUCCACCAAUGCAAAAUUUGAAAUUAGAAGCCCCAAGCGCGUGCAGAUCAAAUUUGAUGAAGGCAUUGUUGGGACACCACAGUUGACCGACUCCGUUGUGCUACCGGAGAAGUUUGAAGUAUUUGGACAGAACAUCGACCUGAGUCCACUGAAAGGCAUAUUUUCUUCGAUCGAAAAUGCAGCAUCCUCGGUUGCAAAGACCAUAUCUGGCCAGCCUCCACUGAAAAUACCGAUCAGGGCAAACAACGCCGAAUCGUGGUUGCUUACGACCUACCUUGACGAAGAGGUCAGGAUCUCCAGAGGCGAAGGCGGCGGCAUCUUUGUGCUGUUCAAGGAGGGAAGUACUCUUCUAAACUGAGAUCGAAAUCCUGGUCGUUGAAGAUGAACCUUGGAGUAGUUAUACUGCUUAUGCUUUCCUUUUCUUAUAGUAGUAUACUCCGUCCCAAAGUAAGUCAGUUUCUAGAAUCACAUAAAGCCAAACUAUCUUAAGUUUGAUCAAUUUUAUAGAAAAGGUAACGUCAUCUAUGAAGAUAUAUUUCAUGACGUGUUACUGAUGCUAAUUGAGUGUCUAAAUACUGUCCACUUAUACAAAUGUUAAAUGUCAAGUAUAUCCAUCUAAAUACCAUU